UUUAAUUUCCCAUGACUCCCCGCGUCCUCAAGCCCCGCCCCCAGUUCCCCAGCCCCGCCCCGAAGUUUGAGGGGUGUGGACGGUUUGUGACCCCCUUAUCCGACUCUACCCCUCACGGGCAGGGAGAGCUAGGCUUGGCACGGCGGCCGGGACCAGGCAGCCCUUCAGUUCGGGUGGGCUUAUGGACCCCAGUCCAACGCCGCGGGAAUAGGACCAUCCAAACGCGGAACUUUCGCCUCAGAAAAAGCAGGGUGCGGGACCCCUCCUCACCGCGCGGUCUGAGUACGGUCAGGGUAGAUCACAGGCCGAGGACAGAGUAAAGACCUCUGAGGCCGGACACCUGGGGUCCUGUCGGGCCCCUCCCCACGAGAGUUUCCUGUGUCUGUGCCAGUCGUUUUCAUCUUUCUUCGCCGCAGUUUCCUUUUCUGUAAAUCAUGGUUGAUGACAUUAACCUUCUUACCAUCAGGGGUUAGUUGUGGGUGUGAUAAAUAAUUGCUACCAUUUAUUGAGCAAUUGCAAUUUGCAAUGUGCCAGGCACUGUGCUAAGUAUUUUGCUUCGAUGAUUUCACGUCAUCUUCAAAACAACCUCAUGAGGGCUGGGUCAGUUAGAACCUAAACAAACUAGAGACCUGGUUGCAACCCUCAGGCUCUGCUGAUGCUAUCCCCCUUUGUUCCUGCAGCGUGGACCCUGUCAGCAGCCAGGCCAUGGAGCUCUCUGAUGUCACCCUCAUUGAGGGUGUGGGUAAUGAGGUGAUGGUGGUGGCAGGUGUGGUGGUGCUGAUUCUAGCCUUGGUCCUAGCUUGGCUCUCUACCUACGUAGCAGACAGCGGUAGCAGCCAGCUACUGGGCACUAUUGUGUCAGCAGGAGACACGUCUGUCCUCCACCUGGGGCAUGUGGACCACCUGGUGGCAGGCCAAGGCAACCCUGAGCCAACAGAACUCCCUCAUCCAUCAGAGGGUAAUGAUGAGAAGGCUGAAGAGGCUGGCGAAGGUGGGGGAGACUCCACAGGGGAAGCUGGAGCUGGGGGUGGUAUUGAGCCCAGCCUUGAGCAUCUCCUUGACAUCCAAGGCCUGCCCAAAAGACAAGCAGGUGCAGACAGCAGCAGUCCAGAGGCCCCCCUGAGAUCUGAGGAUAGCACCUGCCUCCCUCCCAGCCCCGGCCUCAUCACUGUGCGGCUCAAAUUCCUCAAUGAUACCGAGGAGCUGGCUGUGGCUAGGCCAGAGGAUACCGUGGGUGCCCUGAAGAGCAAAUACUUCCCUGGACAAGAAAGCCAGAUGAAACUGAUCUACCAGGGCCGCCUGCUGCAGGACCCAGCCCGCACACUGCGUUCUCUGAACAUUACCGACAACUGUGUGAUUCACUGCCACCGCUCACCCCCAGGGUCAGCUGUUCCAGGCCCCUCAGCCUCCUUGGCCUCCUCGGCCACUGAGCCACCCAGCCUCGGUGUCAAUGUGGGCAGCCUCAUGGUGCCUGUGUUUGUGGUGCUGUUGGGUGUGGUCUGGUACUUCCGAAUCAAUUACCGCCAGUUCUUCACGGCGCCUGCCACUGUCUCCCUGGUGGGAGUCACGGUCUUCUUCAGCUUCCUAGUAUUUGGGAUGUAUGGACGAUAAGGACAUAGGGAGAAAAUGAAAGGCAUGGUCUUCCUCCUUUAUGGCCUCCCCGCUUUUUCUGGCCAGAGUUGGGCCCGAAGGCCUGGGAGGGAGGGGUAGAAAGGAUGUGAUAGAAAUCCCCUCCAUAGGACACAGGAGGCAGGUACAGGGCCUCCCCUUCUUGUCCACGGGAGUACAGAUGUCCCCUCUGUGCAAGCACAACUCAGGUAGAAAUGAGAAUGUCACCUUUCUUCACUUUUAGGGUCCUCCUGAAGAAGUUCAGAGCUGAUGGCCAAGCUCAGUGGGGAGCCUGGGCUCUGAGGAUUCCCUCCCACCUGUGGUCCUAGCUCUUCCCAAUGUCCUGCAUGUCUGCCCCCCAGCACCCAGGCUGCCUGCCAGGGCAGCUCAGCAUGGCCCCAGCAUACCACUGUAGGGAGCCUGGAGUCUUCCUUCCAUUUCUCAGCCAAGUAUCAGUCUUUUGAGACUGAAGUCACACAGGCGGGAACGCAGAUCCUGCACGCCUUCUCUAUGGGCACCUGGCCGCCUUCACCUUCUCCCUCUACCCCUUAGCAGGAAUAGGGUAUUCUCCACGUUCUAGAUAGUUUUCAGUGACCUCCCUUCUUUCAAAGCACUUUGCUUGCAUUUUUUUUUUUUUUUUUUAAAGAGUCCUUCAUAGAGCUCAGUCAGGAAGGGGAUGGGGCACCGAGCCAAGCCCCUAGUACUGGGAGCGGCCAGGCCACAGCUGCUGCUCCCAUAGGCCUCAGGCUGCAAGCAGGAGACAGCAUUGGCCCUUGGCCAGCGUCCUACUCUGCCCAACUCCAAGGAUGAGCUCUGGGUAUGGAUCGCUGGCCCUUAGGCUCUUGCUUCUGGGGCUGUUGGAUGGAGGGUCAGUGUCUGACUGAAUAAAGUUCCAUUUUGUGA